UGAGAAUGUGUUCUCAGUCAACUUACCUGGUUAAAUAAAAACCAUGUGUAUGGAGUUGUUAGAUCCUCAUUGAGUUUUCCUUGUGGACUGCCAAUGCGUGUCCCAGAGAAGGCCACUACCACAGUAACGACACAUUCUGCUUGACCAACUUAACUCUGUGUAUUUGAUGAUUCUAGAGUUGUAGAGGUGAUUUUACUAUUGAUCUCAAUAUCUGAUAAAGAUUUACUGGGCAUUUGAAAUGGUGCACUGUUGUCAAACAUUUUUUUGUGACACACUCAGAAUAAUCUUUCAAUUUUUCAAAGUAUCUUGGAACUAAUGCUGAUCUUACAGCACCAGACACUGACAGUCAGAUCCAGGGCUUCCUUCACCAGCAACAUCACUGCUGCUGAUGAAAGUCCUGUUUGUCAGGACUGUGGGAAAGGUUACACUGAAGCAGAGGGUGACAGUCCUACCACCUUGGGCUGAGGUUACACUGAAGCAGAGGGUGACAGUCCUACCACCUUGGGCUGAGGUUACACUGAAGCAGAGGGUGACAGUCCUACCACCUUGGGCUGAGGUUACACUGAAGCAGAGGGUGACAGUCCUACCACCUUGGGCUGAAGUUACACUGAAGCAGAGGGUGACAGUCCUACCACCUUGGGCUGAGGUUACACUGAAGCAGAGGGUGACAGUCCUACCACCUUGGGCUGAGGUUACACUGAAGCAGAGGGUGACAGUCCUACCACCUUGGGCUGAAGUUACACUGAAGCAGAGGGAGAGAGCCCUACCACAUUGGGCUGGAGCAGAGCUCGCCUACGGGUCCACAGGCUUUAUCUGAAGCACCCCAGUGAGGGAUAACUAGCCCAGCGGAGAGGAUGGGGAGGAGGGAAGAUGGGGAAAGGAAACUAUAGGUGGGAGGAGGAGAGCAGGGGAGAGCGAGAAGAGGCGUAGUGAGAGGUAAGUGGAGAUGAAAGAUUUGUGUUCUGAGUAAAAUGCAGCAGUUUGCAUGAGAAAGCAACCCUUUUGAGUUCUAGAUAGCACCUUUUUUCUUCUAAGAGUGUAUAAGGAAUAGCCUACUGUCCACUCUUACUCACUUCUGCUUUCUGAGCAUCACUGAGGGCAGUCUCAUUGGAAUGAGUUAGGUACAUAACAUUCCCCAAAUCAGAGUGAGUGUGUCAACUGAAACAGUGUAAAAUGAAUAGAAAAACAAUAAAAAGGAAGGGAUAUCAUCUCCCCUCACUGCCGCCUCCUCCCUCUCUGAGUUUUAAAGUCUCCUCCCUCUUCAGAGAAUGGGAGUAUGAGGGAUUGCUUCAGUCGUCUUAAGAGAACAUAUACGCACAUCUACCAUUCUGUGUGCCCAUCUCUCACUCCAUCUCCCAGUCUCCAUCUCUCCUCCCUUCUCUGCCUUCUUGACGGACCCACUGCUGCUCCCUGCCUGCCUGACCUGUCCUCAGGCUGAGGAUAACCCUGAGCAUCGUCAGGAAUAGGAGUUUGUCUAAAGAAGGAACAUCUACACUGGUGAAGGAUGCAGCGGAUCCGGGAGGGCAUCCACAUAAGGACCAUGAAGGCCAAAAGGAAAGUGGAGGACAUCUCUAAAGAAGAUGUCCAGGCCUUCUUCAAGAAGCACGCCUUCGUGCUCUUUACUGUAGCUGCCGUCAUUGUAGGUAUAAUCCUAGGCUUUGCACUGCGUCCCUAUAAAAUGACCUACCGAGAGGUGAAGUACUUCUCUUUCCCCGGAGAGCUGCUGAUGAGGAUGCUACAGAUGCUGGUGCUUCCCCUGCUAGUAUCCAGUCUAAUCACAGGCAUGGCAGCACUGGACAGUAAGGCUUCAGGAAAGAUGGGCAUGCGAGCUGUGGUGUAUUACAUGACCACCACCAUUAUCGCUGUCAUCAUAGGCAUCAUCGUGGUGCUCAUCAUCCACCCUGGGAAAGGAUCUAAGGAUGAGUUCAUGAAACAGUCGAAGAUAGAGGAUAUCAGCCCUGCCGACGCCUUCCUGGAUCUCAUCAGAAACAUGUUUCCACCAAACAUGGUCCAGGCCUGCACACAGCAGUUCAAAACCAAAUACGGGAAGCGAAUUGUCCAUGUAACGGUGACGGUGAAUGACUCGGUCUUCAACCUGACCAACCUGACUGAGCAGAUUACCCGGGAGGAGGUGAUCCCUAUCCCAGGCACGGUGAACGGGGUCAACGCCCUAGGGCUGGUGGUCUUCUCCAUGUGCUUUGGCCUCAUCAUUGGCAACAUGAAGGAGCAGGGCCAGCCCCUCAGGGAUUUCUUCGACAGCCUCAAUGAGGCUAUCAUGAGACUGGUGGCAAUUAUCAUGUGGUAUGCACCAAUCGGCAUCAUGUUCCUCAUAUCGGGGAAGAUCGUGGAGAUGGAUGACAUCACUGAGAUGGGUGGUCAGCUGGCCAUGUACACCAUUACGGUGAUCAUAGGCCUGUCCAUCCACGCUUUCAUCAUCCUCCCCGGCCUGUACUUCGCCAUCACACGGCUAAACCCCUUCAUCUUCAUCAUGGGGCUGGUGGAGGCCCUCAUCACAGCCCUGGGAACCUCCUCCAGCUCAGCAACCCUUCCCAUCACCUUCAAGUGUCUGGAGGUAAACAACAAGGUGGAUAAGCGCAUCACGCGGUUUGUGUUGCCGGUCGGCGCAACCAUUAACAUGGAUGGAACAGCACUUUACGAGGCUCUGGCAGCUAUCUUCAUAGCUCAGGUUAACAACAUGGACAUGAACUUAGGUCAGAUCAUUACAAUCAGCAUCACAGCCACUGCAGCAAGUAUUGGAGCUGCUGGGAUACCACAGGCUGGACUGGUCACCAUGGUGAUUGUGUUGACCUCUGUUGGACUUCCCACUGAUGACAUCACGCUCAUCAUUGCAGUUGAUUGGUUCCUUGAUCGGCUGCGUACCACAACCAACGUCUUGGGUGACUCCAUUGGGGCUGGCAUUGUGGAAUUCCUAUCUCGACAGGAGCUGCAGGCCAAGGAUGUGGAGAUGGGGAACAUUGUGCUGGAGGAGAGGAAGAAACCAUACCAGCUCAUCUCUCAGGAAAACGACCACGAAAACGCCAAACGUCCGAAAACUGAAAGCAAGAUGUAGAGCAACGCUCAAUAGUGCACACACAAGCACACGCAAGCACACACACGGAAUGUUUUGGUUAAUUUUUGUUUUCAAGCUGUCAUAUUUGUCCAGUUAUUUUCACUCUACCAUAUUUCCUUUCCUUCGUUAUUUUGUCAUUCAUAAAGUAACUUUUCUAUUUACUAUCCAACUUUUAAAAAAAUGUUUCUUUCUCUGUAGUUGCCCAAUCAAAUUACUUACAUCCGCCACCUCUCUACGAGAUAGAUAGGCCACCUGUUUUAUGGUUUGUCUGGGUAUUUUUGUGUUAAGUCAUGGCCUAGAAUAUGUAAAUGGUAUAAAUAAUGAGGAAAGUGAUAUGGGGUGUUGAUGUCCAAGGAAUUUUGUAAAAUUAUGAAAGGACAACCUAUGUUUGAAUGACUUCAUCCUUCAAAAAAAGCAACAGAGAACACAUUUGUAUAUAACUACCUUAAUUUUGGUGGACCCCAGGAAGGCAGCUAAUGGGGAUCCAUAAUAAAUACAAUUACAUUUGAUUUGCUACAACUAAUGAAAUGAGGCCCUAUGAGCUGUUUCUGGUGAAAAACAACCAACUUCCUAUCAUGGGUUAAAUAAGCAGUAAUUUAAAUAACAAUCCCCAAGUGGUGUGUAUUUUUUUUAUUUGAUUAACUUUUUUCCAUGCUGUCAAUAAUCCUGUUGCAUAUGACAACUCCAAUUGUAUUUGUACUUUAUUUUGAUUGAUCAAAUUCUUGAAGGUGGUGCUGUGAUGCUGACAAUAUGGUUAAAACGAGAUGUAUCCAACAAUCGUCAUCACUAUAUAUGUAUCCAACAAUUGUUAUCACUAUAUAUUCCCUAUUUUGUAGCCAGCCCUAAGACAAACGAGUCUUUUGAAAUAUCCUUCACUAUUUAGUACAUCAUUAUUUUAACAUAGCAGGUGUUUAAUAUUUUUAAGGCUUUGUAGUGAUUGUAUGUCGAUUAUAUGUGUAAAUUAACUAUAUAAUAUGGAUAGUUGUUUACGUGAAUAUGUCUUCUUUAAUCUCAAUUCAGAAAGAUAUUUGUUUUCAGGGCCGAAAUGCCACUCUAAUGCCUUGAUUAGGAACAUAGUUCGUGAUAAUUACAGUAUGUGUGAACUAACUCAAACGGAUUUAGAAAAUAUGUUAUUUUCUUUCUUUUUUUCUUUAAGUUUUGAGAUAUGAUGGUUCACUUCCUGUAAAGGCAACAUUUGUGGUGAAAAGGAACUAAAUGGACUGGUAGAUUUGUCUUUGGUGAAUAACAUUUUGAAUAAAAUGUAAAAAGGAA